AUGGGGAUGGAUAUUGAGACGGUUCGGAUCGAGGGCUUGCCAGAUGGCGCCUUUUAUAUUUCGGAUUUUGUCUCGGAGGAUGAAGAGAGUUGGUUAGUUCAGAAGGUUCUCUCAGCCCCUCAACCACGCUGGACCCAACUCUCGCAUCGCAGACUCCAAACCUGGCCAUCACCACUAACGAAAAACAACACACUCAUCGCAUGUCCAUUGCCAUCCUGGCUGGAAUCAGUAAUCGGACCUCGACUCAGAGAUCUUGCGAUCUUCAAUGAUGCGCCUCACCAAGCACCAAACCAUGUCCUGGUCAACGAGUACCAGCCCGGGCAGGGGAUCAUGCCACACGAAGAUGGAGCUGCGUAUUACCCACUUGUUGCAACUAUUAGUCUUGGUGCACCGAUUGUAUUUGAUAUCUAUGAAAAGCAAAACACUAAAGGUGCUGGCACUGCACCGGAUGAAACUGUCCCGAUUGGAGGGCCAAAGCCGAAACAUAGGAUCUUACAAGAGAGACGGAGUCUACUUAUCACGCGGGGCGAGAUGUACACUGAAUUCUUGCAUGGGAUUGCAGAAGUGACGAGAGAUGAGGAUCUGGGUCCAGAUUCCAUCUGUAAUUGGGAUCUGCUGCGAGACAAAGAUGUGUACCGAGAUGGCUGGUUCGAGCGCCAGAGGAGAAUAAGUCUCACGUAUCGGGAUGUGCUCCAUGUUACGAAGAUGGGAAAUGCGAUGAAGUUUCUUGCUGCGCGGUGA